ACACUAGACAUCAAAGUCUCCUCAUCUGGUCACCAUUGGCUAUACUAGUGUCUAUAUAUAUAGAUUGCAUCAAGUCAUUUUUUCUUCAUCCCCAAACACUCAGUGCCUCAGAUUAUCACUAAAGCUAUAGAAAAAAGCACCAUGAAUCCUACGUUUUACUUCGUUCUUGCCUUAACCAUAGUUUUGGCCACAAACACAUAUGGUGCAGUUCUUGACAUCGACGGCGACAUCAUUUUCCGCGGCAGUUACUAUGUUCUCCCAGUCAUCCGCGGAAGAGGAGGGGGGCUAACUCUACGCGGCCGCGGUGGCGAGCUAUGUCCUUACGACAUCGUGCAAAAAUCAUCCGAGGUUGAUGAAGGUAUUCCCGUUAAAUUCUCAAACUGGAGACCUAGAGUUGCGUUCGUUCCCGAGUCGCAAGACCUUAACAUCAAGACGGACGUUGAAGCUACGAUAUGCUUCCAGUCAACAUACUGGCGAGUCGGUGAGUUUGACGAGGAGAGGCAGCAGUAUUUCGUGGUGGCUGGUCUACAAGACGACUCACCCAACAGUUUCUUUCAGAUCGAAAACUCUGGAGAUGAUGCUUACAAGUUUGUGUUCUGUCCUAAGACUGGUGAUUCUGGUCGUCAAUGCACGAAUGUCGGGAUAUUCGUGGACGAAAUAGGCGUUCGGCGUUUGGCUCUAAGCUCUGAGCCGUUCUUGGUUAUGUUCAAGAAAGCUAAUGUUACUGAGAUUUCGUCCAAGACUAUGUGAGACUUGUGAUAUGACAAGACUCGAUCCUUACUUACAAUAAAAUGUCUGUGUGACUCUUUCUCUUUUCCUUUGAAAGUUACAUAUUGAAUAAAAUAUAUCUCUUAUCUGUUUCUUUCCUCAA